CUCUGGAGGUUUGACGAGUUUUCGGAUCAGACACUUCACAUUAAAUUGAAACUCUCCAAACUCUGCGAGGUCCUGUGAAGUAAUUGGCCAGUCUCGGAUUGUUCCACCGCCUCACCUACGACGCUAUGAAACUGGGCGCAACAAAUUGAGACGACGUUAUUGUUUUCUUUGGGACAAAUCCACAGCAUACAACCGAGAUCAAGAUGAGCGCAAUCUUCAGGAGGAUCAAAGCGACUCAAGACACGCUUACCGAUGAAAUUUUGAUGCCCCUGAAGAGUUACAAGUACCAGAGUGUGGAUAAGUCUUACAUCUCGAAUUACAUUCUGAAGCAUUACUGGAAUGCAUUUGUCGAAGUUCUCCCGCUAUGGAUUGCUCCGAACAUGGUCACGUUAUUGGGCUUCCUUUUCAUAGUAGGAAAUGUGAUGCUCAUAGAGGUGUUUAUGCCAGAUCUUGUCGGACCGGGUCCAUCCUGGCUGUACUAUAGUUUCGCUCUUGGCAUGUGGAUGUAUUCUACCUUGGAUAACGUCGAUGGUAAGCAAGCGCGGAGGACCGGGACGUCCAGUGGACUGGGUGAGCUUUUUGACCAUGGAAUUGACUCGCUUAACUGCACUCUGGCUAGUCUGCUGGAGACAGCAGCAAUGGGCUUUGGCUCUUCCCAAUUAGGAGCCUACACGGCUCUUGUUCCCUGUCUCGCGAUGUACUUUUCGACCUGGGAGACUUACCACACGCAUACCCUCUACCUGGGUUACAUCAAUGGGCCUACCGAAGGCUUGCUGGUUGCAAUCGGAAUCAUGAUCGCUUCAGGAUACUAUGGGCCUCAGAUAUGGAGUCGGCCGAUUGUUGAAUUCCUGAAUUAUCCCCAGAUAUUUGGGACUUAUUCGGUUAAAGAUGUCUGGGUCCCAUUCCUGCUUCUAUCGUUCUUUGUCGGCCAUCUGCCGGGAUGCGUCUUCAACGUCAUCGAAGCUCGCAAAAAGCAAGGUCUGCCAGUGUCAACCAUCUUCAAGGAGUGGGUUCCAAUGAUUGUCUUCACCGUUUGCAACAUUGCUUGGCUCUUCUCUCCCUACUCGACUCUGCUGGCUCAAAAUCGACUAGUCCUGUAUUGUUGGACUAUCUCGUUUGUCUUCGGACGGAUGACCACCAAGAUCAUUCUCGCUCAUCUUCUCAGGCAACCGUUUCCGUACUGGACUGUCCAGCUCACGCCGCUUAUCGGCGGUGCGAUUCUUGUGAACCUGCCCCGCUUGGGUCUUCCUGCAGUGAGUGCAUGGGUAGAGCUUCUGUACCUGAGGGCCUAUCUGUUGUUUGCCUUCGUCGCCUACAUGCAUUGGGCGUUCUUGGUGAUCAAUCGGAUUACGACUUUUUUGGGUAUUAACUGCCUGACCAUCAAAAAGGAUCGCUCGACGGCCAGGGAACAGGCUUAUCGCAAUUUCGGUGAGAGCACUUUGGAGGUCCCCGAUGCUACGGACCCUCUCAAGGCUGGGCUCAAACACCACUGAUCACGCUUUCAUGUCAUUAUUUGGUUGAUGACAAGCGAUAUUAUUAUCUUCAUCCUAUGGAGCGCCAAGCAGCGCACUCCGCAUUGAUCGGCUGCGAAUUCAAGCCCUUGCUUAUGACACUAAGGGCUUGUCCAUGAGCGUUGGAUUUCCAUUACGUUCUGUUGUAAUUAUACUUUGUUUCGCCGCCUGGGGAUAUAUCCUCAGCUCCAUGACGAGUGACUUUACGAGUUUGGUUAUGGCCUACGCGACGCACAUAAUUGUUGUAUCAUGAGGCAUGGGAGCCGGUA